ACAGGCGCCCAGCAAAGAAAUCUGCACUGAAGUCUGCCACAAACAAGCCUUUUCACCUGGUGUGCUCCAAGUAAAGGGUCAUCAUGAGUGUGGAUCCGGAAAUGGAGUGUUUUGGCCCGGCGGCCAUUUACCUCCGGAAGCCAGAAAGAGAAAGAAUUGAAGCUCAGAACACUCCGUUUGAUGCUAAGUCAUCAUACUUUGUGACUGAGCCGACGGAAAUGUACCUCAAGGGAAAACUUACAAAGAGAGAGGGUGGCAAAGCCACGGUGGAGACUCUAACUGGAAAGACCAUCACUGUAAAAGAGGAUGAAAUCUUUCCCAUGAACCCUCCAAAGUUUGAUAAGAUUGAGGACAUGGCCAUGAUGACCCACCUCAGCGAGCCUUCUGUGCUGUAUAACCUCAAAGAGCGCUAUGCGGCAUGGAUGAUCUACACCUACUCAGGGCUGUUCUGCGUGACUGUGAACCCCUACAAGUGGCUCCCAGUGUACGACGCAAAGGUUGUCUCUGGAUACAGAGGGAAAAAGAGGAUUGAGGCUCCACCCCACAUCUUCUCCAUCUCUGAUAAUGCCUACCAGUUCAUGCUGCAGGACAGAGAAAACCAGUCAAUCCUGAUCACCGGAGAAUCCGGUGCUGGAAAGACUGUCAACACUAAACGUGUCAUCCAGUACUUUGCAACAAUUGCAGUGGCUGGAGGGAAGAAAACUGAUAAUAUUCCUGGAAAAAUGCAGGGUUCACUGGAAGAUCAAAUCAUUGCAGCAAACCCGCUGUUGGAAGCUUAUGGUAACGCCAAGACUGUGAGGAAUGACAACUCUUCACGUUUUGGAAAAUUCAUCAGAAUUCACUUUGGAACAACUGGAAAGUUGGCUUCAGCUGAUAUUGAAACUUAUCUGCUGGAGAAGUCUCGAGUGACGUUCCAGCUGUCUGCAGAGAGGAGCUACCACAUCUUCUAUCAGCUCACAACGGGCCACAAACCUGAGCUCAUAGAGGCUCUGCUGAUUACCACAAACCCAUAUGACUAUCCUAUGAUUAGUCAUGGUGAAAUCACUGUCAAGAGCAUCAAUGACAUUGAAGAAUUCAUAGCCACUGAUACUGCCAUUGACAUCCUGGGCUUCACUGCAGAAGAGAAGUCAUACAUUUACAAGUUGACUGGUGCUGUGAUGCAUCAUGGGGGCAUGAAAUUCAAGCAGAAGCAGCGUGAAGAGCAGGCCGAGCCUGAUGGCACUGAGGUGGCAGAUAAAAUCGCCUACCUCAUGGGUCUGAACUCUGCUGAUUUGCUCAAAGCGCUAUGCUACCCCAGAGUGAAGGUCGGGAACGAGUUUGUGACCAAAGGCCAAACUGUCCCUCAGGUCAACAAUUCCGUCAUGGCUCUCUGCAAGUCUGUCUAUGAGAAAAUGUUCUUGUGGAUGGUCGUCAGAAUCAAUGAGAUGCUGGACACCAGGCAGCCCAGAAGCUAUUUCAUUGGUGUCCUGGAUAUCGCUGGGUUUGAAAUCUUUGAUUUCAACAGCUUGGAGCAGCUGUGCAUCAACUUCACCAAUGAAAAGCUGCAACAGUUUUUCAACCACCACAUGUUUGUCCUGGAGCAAGAAGAGUACAAGAAAGAGGGAAUUGAAUGGGAGUUCAUUGACUUUGGUAUGGACUUGGCAGCCUGCAUUGAGCUUAUUGAGAAGGUGAGCCACAUGCUGCUUACAUCACUCUCUCAUAACAUUUAUGUUAUAUACAUAUAUACAUAUACUUUGAUUCUUACAGAGGAGAUCUCCGAUUUAACCGAGCAACUUGGUGAGACUGGAAAAACCAUUCAUGAACUGGAGAAAGCGAAAAAGUCUGCAGAGGCAGAGAAGUCCGAACUCCAAACUGCACUUGAGGAAGCAGAGGCUGCCCUGGAGCACGAGGAGUCCAAGAUUCUGCGUGUUCAGCUUGAGCUCACCCAAGUCAAGAGUGAGAUUGACAGGAAAAUUGCAGAGAAGGACGAGGAGAUUGAGCAGAUCAAGAGGAACAGCCAGAGGGUGAUCGAGUCCAUGCAGAGCACCUUGGAUGCUGAGGUCAGGAGCAGGAAUGAUGCCAUAAGGAUCAAGAAGAAGAUGGAGGGAGACCUCAACGAGAUGGAGAUUCAGCUGAGCCACGCCAACCGCCAGGCUUCUGAGGCCCAGAAACAGCUGAGGAACGUGCAAGGACAGCUGAAGGACGCUCAGCUGCACCUUGAUGAAGCCAUUAGAAGUCAGGAAGACAUGAAGGAGCAGGUGGCCAUGGUGGAGCGCAGGAACAACCUGAUGCUGGCUGAGAUCGAGGAGCUGAGAGCUGCACUGGAGCAGACGGAGAGAGGCCGCAAAGUGGCUGAAACGGAGCUGGUUGAUGCCAGUGAGCGUGUGGGACUACUGCACUCUCAGAAUACCAGUCUCAUCAACACCAAGAAGAAGUUGGAGGCUGACCUCAUUCAGAUCCAAGGAGAAGUAGAAGAUGCUGUUCAGGAAGCAAGAAAUGCUGAGGAAAAGGCCAAGAAGGCCAUCACUGAUGCUGCCAUGAUGGCAGAGGAGCUGAAGAAGGAGCAGGACACCAGUGCUCAUUUGGAGAGGAUGAAGAAGAACCUGGAGGUGACAGUGAAGGACCUGCAGCACCGCCUUGACGAAGCUGAGAAUCUGGCCAUGAAGGGCGGCAAGAAGCAGCUCCAGAAACUGGAGGCUAGAGUUCGUGAACUGGAGGGUGAAGUUGACUCUGAACAGAGGCGAGGGGCUGACGCCAUCAAGGGAGUCCGGAAAUAUGAGAGAAGAGUGAAGGAACUCACCUAUCAGACUGAGGAGGAUAAGAAGAAUAUUUCCAGACUUCAAGAUCUGGUGGACAAGCUGCAGCUCAAAGUGAAAUCUUACAAACGACAGGCUGAAGAAUCUGAGGAGCAGGCCAACAGUCACCUGUCCAGGUACAGGAAAGUCCAGCAUGAGAUGGAGGAGGCUCAGGAGCGAGCCGACAUCGCCGAGUCUCAGGUCAACAAGCUGAGAGCCAAGAGUCGUGAAAUCGUCAAGACCAAGGAAACCGGGGAGUGAGGUGGAACGAUACAACACAGUCACAAGUAGUCAUAAAAUAUGACUUCAUCUUGUCUCUCGUUCACCUUAGCAUGUUAAGCAUGCUGUCUGUGAUAGCCAAAUAUCAAUAAAAGUAGAUUACGCUGCA